UGGGCAAAAGGACCCAGGAAUCGAGAACCAGCUGUUCUCGAUCUUGGUUUUCCCCACUCUCUCUGGGCCAGUUGGAGCAUCUCAGAUCCUAUACUGCCCGCCCCCUUGUUUGCCGCCCUCAACUUCCUGCCCCACCAGAGGAAGUGGGGAGAGCUAUCAGGUGCAGCAACAGCUAUCGGGGCCAUGGACAAGGAGUAUGUGGGAUUUGCCGCCCUCCCCAACCAGCUGCAUCGCAAGUCUGUCAAGAAGGGUUUUGACUUCACACUCAUGGUGGCAGGGGAGUCAGGCCUGGGAAAAUCUACCCUCAUCAACAGCCUAUUUCUCACCAACCUCUAUGAGGAUCGGCAAAUACCAGAAGCCAGUGCUCGCUUGACGCAAACGCUGACCAUCGAGCGCCGGGGCGUGGAGAUCGAGGAGGGGGGUAUUAAGGUGAAGCUGACUGUGGUGGACACACCUGGCUUUGGGGACUCAGUGGACUGUUCAGACUGCUGGCUGCCUGUGGUGCGCUUCAUCGAGGAGCAGUUUGAGCAGUAUCUUCGGGAUGAGAGUGGCCUGAACCGGAAGAACAUCCAGGAUUCCCGUGUCCACUGCUGCCUCUACUUCAUCUCACCCUUUGGCCGGGGGCUCCGUCCCCUAGAUGUGGCCUUCCUCCGGGCGGUGCACGAGAAGGUCAACAUCAUCCCGGUCAUUGGCAAAGCAGAUGCCCUGAUGCCAAAGGAAACACAAGCCCUCAAACAGAAGAUCCGGGAACAGUUGAAGGAGGAAGAGAUCAAUAUUUACCAGUUCCCCGAAUGUGACUCUGAUGAGGAUGAAGACUUCAAGAGGCAGGAUGCGGAGAUGAAGGAAAGCAUCCCUUUUGCCGUCGUCGGUUCCUGCGAAGUAGUGCGGGAUGGCGGGCCCAGACCGGUGAGAGGACGCCACUACUCCUGGGGCACUGUAGAGGUGGAGAAUCCACAUCACUGCGAUUUCCUGAACCUGCGACGGAUGCUCGUGCAGACACACCUGCAGGACCUGAAGGAGGUGACGCACGACCUGCUCUACGAGGGCUACCGGGCCCGCUGUCUACAGAGCCUGGCCCGGCCUGGGGCGCGAGAUCGAGCCAGCCGUAGUAAGCUUUCCCGCCAAAGCGCCACAGAGAUCCCGCUGCCCAUGCUGCCUCUGGCAGACACGGAGAAGUUGAUUCGCGAGAAAGACGAAGAGCUGCGCCGCAUGCAAGAGAUGUUGGAGAAGAUGCAGGCCCAGAUGCAGCUGAGCCAGGCUCAAGGCGAGCAGUCCGACGCUCUCUGAGGCCCCCAUCGGGGCUUUCUCUACCUCGCCUCCGCCUUCGGUUCGUCUCUUGUCCAAUCCCUGAGCCCCAGGCUGCCAGGCGCCUAAUCCCGGAGCCCCAGCCUGUAAGGCCCGCCCUUCUAAGGGGCGGGUUCUCAGGUUCUCCCAAUCCUGGAAUUUGUAGCCCCGCCUUUGGCUCCGCCCCAGCUCACUUCUGGAGCGCGACCUCCUCUUCCAACCCUGAAUACCCCCAUUCCCUCCCCACUUCUCCCUAUCCGUGACUUCAAUAAAAACUGAGUUUCUCUGAG